AUGUCUCAGCCGCCGGCUGGGUACGAUGCUCUCCCCACCUCGACAGCGGCCGCGCCUGUGACGACACCCGCCGCUUCGGCACAACAAGACGGUCUCCCGCCCGGGCCGCCAUCAUCGGCGGGCAGCAUGAAUCAAGUACUACAGGCCAACUUUCUCGGGGUGCACAGGCUGAAGGUAAAGCGGAUAAAGGGCACCGAGUACACUAGGCAGUUGAGCAAGGUGGGCGUCAAGAGCGUGAAAGAGUCCAUUGAGGCCAGGGGUUGGCAAAGCGCUAACUCGCCGUACGUGCUAGUACCUCGUGAGCAGUUGCCAGAUGGCAAGCAGACAGUCUGGAAUAGCGAUGUCCUGUCGUCGCUGGAGGUUUACUGCCUGGAUGGCAAUCAUCGCCUGCGAGCCCUCACGAUCUUUUACGGCGGCGACUUCGAGCUAGAGUGCCGGUGCUACCUACAUUUCGACGAUGCUAUCAUGGUCAAUGCACUGGCGAGAAAUGACGUAUCGCCGGAAUACAUUGCAGGCGUGAACAGCACGACGGGGGCGACCGCUAAGACAACCACGUACGAUCGCAUCUUCUCCUGCAAGAAAGCGCUGGAGGCUAUCAUGGCUGCAGAGAACCUCGGAAACGACGCCUCCAAAGUGACAGCUAGAAUGCUGUCAGACGCUUACAAGAAGAGCGGAGACGCCCCCCCCAGCAACCCGAGUCUAUGCAGUCACGAGAGGCUCGUGAUAGGACUGAAGGGACUUGCGUUUGCGGCGCUCAAGGAGAUGUCGGAGAGCGAGGACAAAGGCGUGGACAUGCAGAGUUUGCCAAAAACCCUUCUCGACUGUGAGGCUGUGCUGAAGUUCCCCUUUGGGCGCGACUUUGAACAGUCGCUCCUCAUCCACAUCCUAGCAAGGUUCAAGUCCAAUGACCCAGGGAAGAAGAUGCCCGUCAAGAGUGACCUCCCCAAGCUAAGGCAACGUGCCCUCGAAGCUGGAGAUUUACACAAGCACGUGACCUCCGUCAUCCCGUUCUAUCACUGGAGUCCCGAGUUCCACAAGGCGCUUUUCGCGAUAGUGUACGGUAGGCACACGGACAGGAAUACUAAUUAAUGAAAGUUCUUUUCUUUUCGGAACUCAGCGUGAAGGGAUGGUUACUACAGUGCAAUGCAAAUGCUGCAACCGCUAGAAGAGUACUCUCAGCAUGAAUGUCCCUUUGUAGGGGGUGAAGGAGCAGGAGGAGGGGCUUUUUUUUUUUCGCUGUCACGACUACUUUUCUUUUUUUUAGAUCGACUGAUAUAUGACGCAGCAAGGUUUGUACACUGAAGUAUGCUGCUAUACUUACACACUGUCUGUUGACUUCUUUUAAGCUCGGCCCGUUGUAGUAACGUCUACAUACUGCACUGUUUCUCCCUCUUCCCUCGUUCUCUCC